AAAACUAUACGCAAUUUUAGGUUUUAAUUAAAUCGUAAUUCAUUUUUAUUUGUUUAUUCAUAAUAAUUAAUAAAUCGUCAACAUACGGAUCAGACGUAGCUCACCACAGUCAAUACAACUCGUUCUGUUUGAACCAUGCAACCUGCAGACAAAUUGCUUAAGGCGUUCUGCGUAGCAUUAGCCACGUUAUUACUCGCCAACGUCGCAUACACGUCAAAAAAACAAAAACGUCAGUUAUUCCAUGAAAACUUGUUGCCAUACUUUGGAGGUAAAAUACCUGAGUCUGCAUUCCAAGCAGACCGUUUGGCAUUAAAUAUGUUGAACAAAGAAGGAAUAUCCGUACCCGAUGGUAUUUUGUUUGAAGCUCGACCAAAAGAAUCGUUUCACCAAAGUCCUCGGAAUGAUCCAGAACUAUCCAACUCAAUACUCAAAAUGAUCCACACACCAGAAAACAGGUAUAUUUCUUCAGGAGGAAAUUAUGAUGGUAAUAAUGAAGUGGAAACAACAUAUAAGAUUCCAAUACCCACAUAUAUGCAAAAUUACCAACUACCGAAGUUUAGGCCCAUAACAGAAACGCUUCAACUACCAGUGCGGCAGGUAUUUGAGAGCGGAUUGUCAAUCACUAACUUCAGGGGACCACUAGGAGUUCCCUUCAAUACUAUGCCAAAGGGUUGGAAAUCACAUGAUGUCCAAAGGCCAUUUACCAGAUCGUUAAAUAAUGAUAAUAAAAUAACGGAUUUUCGAGAAAACAACAUCAUACCAAAGAUGAGUUUUACAUGUGGUAGACCUGGGAGAAUAUAUCCAGAUCCGGAAACUCAGUGUCAGGCUUUUCACUUAUGUCAUUACAAUGGAUUCAAAGAAACAUUUAUAUGUCCACAAGGAACUAGAUAUGAUACGUCCGUACAGGAAUGUAGAUUAUGGUACACGACUCACUGUUUAGACACACGCAGACCAUUUAAUUAGGUCUAUAUUAUGUUUGAAAUAAUUAUCAACAUUUUUAUCAUAGUAGGUUUUGAAAUUUUGU